CGAUUUCAGAUUAACCGGGCGGCUUUGGGUUUCCAUUAUCUGGACGACACUAAACCAAGCGACAUAGACAAGAAGUGCAGCACGUUUAAAGAAUGAAUGAAAGGCGCGCGGAGGUAUGAGUCAAUGCAACAUGAAUAGCUUUAUAGUGUAAAACUUUUUGUCGAAACGAUGUAUCCAGAAGCUCAGGUGUGGUGAAGUCAACUUGAUCAACUGAUUUGACAAAGGUUUAUUCCAAGUAGACACAAUGCAGGACGACAGCCGUCGCAGUGCCAGCUACACUGUGCCAUGUGAGGGUUAUGUGGAUGUGGUGGAAUUCAGCCCAUUUGACAACGGCACAGCGGGGUCCCUUCUGGCCUAUGGAGGAAACCAGCUUGUGGUUGUAGGCAGUGUCCGGUUCCAGGAGGAAGAUCUUGAGGUAGAGGGAGUUGAGUUUACGACACUGCAGAUUUUCAGCCACACGUUGCGUGUGGAUGCUCUUGCUUGGAGUCCUGAAUCUCAUCUGGACAAGUUGCCCCAGCUCAUAAGAUUUUGCACCGCAGCGGCUGACUUCAAACUGAGGGUGUUGUCUUCUGACCUACAGAACAAACAUGAAGUCAAGGUUUUUGGCGGUCACACCAGCUUCAUCAAUCACUUGGUGUACGAGCCCACGGAGGGACAACAAAUAGCUUCCGUCAGUGACGACCACACUUGCAGGGUGUGGGACCUGCAGGGCAAUGAGACAACCUCCUUCAGACUGCGUUCCCCUGGCAUCAGUGUGUGCUGGCACCCCGAGGAGGUCUUCAAGCUGAUGGUAGCUGAAAAGCGGGGGACAAUUCGCUUUUAUGACCUGGUUACCCGGCAGGCUAUUCUGUCGCUGGACUGCGGCCAGUCUCCACUCAUGUCUGCUGACUGGUGUCUCACCAAUACCAUCAAGGUUGGCGCUGUGGUGGGCAGUGAUUGGCUCAUCUGGGACAUAACCCGCUCCAGUUACCCUCAAGAGAAAAGGCCUGCCCAUGUAGGCCGAGCGCGGCUCUUCAAGUGGUCGAGGGCCAAUGAGAACCUCUUCUCCACUACGGGAUGUCCAGGAAAAAUCAGCAGUCAGCUGCUGGUGCAUCAUCUGGGUCACCCACAGCCUGUUAUGAUUGGAUCAGCCAUGGUGGGGGCAGGGCUGAGCUGGCACAGGACACUUCCACUAUGUGUUAUCGGCGGAGACCGGAAACUCUUCUUUUGGAUGACAGAAAUGUAAAUUUGCACUUCACUUGGGGAUAUGGAUUAUAGACACUAUGCUUCUGUGUCACAAGGUCCUAUUUUUGUAUUUUGGUAAAGUGUGUCGUAACGUUUCAAUAAACUUAUUUGUAUUUAA